CCAGGCUUGAUUCGCGUUCAAAGAUUAAGGACAUGAUGGUACAUCAUACUUGUACCCGGCCCGUUUGCGCGACAACUUUCGAAUCUGCUAGCCAAGGGUCCAUACAUGGGAGUAAAAGAUGGCAAACCGCCUAAUCGUCAUCCAGGUCGCGAUAAGAAUGGAGCUCCUGUCUUCUCCAGCUUCUUUGGUGAUCACGUCGAUCAUUCGCCUUUGAGAGCUGGACUCUGACUCUGUCGUUACGUUCAUAUGUAGUGGCGCAGGCUUUCGCCUAUUCGUUCUUCUUCUAAUUCCCUUCUGCGUUCGUUCCAACGUCCACCACUUCGUUCUAUCUAUCACGUCUUAUGAACUUUGAUAUACAGCACAGACUGCACCGUUAUGGAGCAGAGUACCUCUCGUUCUAUCCUGGCACUCAGGCUGCCAGACCCCCGUUUCAGCGUCGACUUUGCAAACUACGCUGUUGAUGCCAAAGCAGUUGCCACUUCUAGAAAGUACAUGCAGGACUUGUUUCCCGGCCAGAACAAGCCUUUACCGCCCCCAAGGAAUCAAGCGUCACGCCAUCCCAUUGCGCGUACAACACCAGCGUACGAGCUGCAGCAACGGCAAUGUUCCAAACAGAUGGCUUCACAGAUACCGGACGACAAAUGGGAUGCGCAUACGAUAGAGUGCAUGAUAAUGCUGGACGAUUCACCCAUGGACACCUCGGAUCGAUCUUCAGCUUCAUCAAAAUCAACAUUGGCCUCUUCUACAGCAACGUCCUUUACCGACACUAUAUCUACUAGCGCUACAAGUCACUUGGUACCUACGCCAGCGGCUACCAGCGGCCGGCAAACGUUGACGCCCAACUUUCUUCAGCUGCCAUCGACAAUAGUUGACCACAUAUUGUCAUACGUUUUCGCCGAAGAACGGGCCGUCUCCAUCACACCAUACCAGUCCCGCGUUGUGCCCCAGCAGCGUCGCCGCCAUCGUCACGGUCCGAAUGCCGUUGACAUACGAUCAUUCAUGAUGCAGCCUGCAUUGAUGGUAUGCAAGCAGAUUCGAGAGCUAGGGCUGGAGAUUCUAUAUCGCGACAGCCUUUUCCUUAUCGAUCUUUCCGAGGUCGAUAGCACAAACACGUGCAAUGAGAAGGACAACAGCAAGUACUGGGGGUGCUGGACAAGUAAUGUGCCUCCUCGAAUGGUUCGAAGUGCUCUUGCUCGUGCUUCAAACAUCCGCUUCCAACUUCCAGUCCCCAGUGCAGAGGCUAUGGUUGUGCGAAGUGCGACCAAGAGGAAGAAGGAUGCCCAGGAAGAGACAUCUAUCAUUGUCGAUUCUUUACGCGCAGUUACCAACCUGAUUACUGGGUUGAACAAAUCUCAGACGUCCCAAACUGAGAGAUCUCGCUCAGCAAGCCCAGCUGGUCCGAAAAUCUUGCGUCGUAAGCUCAGCUUUCGAUCUGCAAAGCGUCCUGACUCAUUAGAAUUCGUAUGCCGUGGAGACUCACCACCACCACAGCCGAGAGAACCAUUGGAUACAUUAGAGGUUGUCCUUGUGAAGAGUGAUGUAGACACUGAAGUACAUAGCAUGACGUUGGACAUGGUAGCGGUGUGCAGUAGCAUCCCUGUAUGCGGAAGCCUUGAGUACCAUCUGGAAAUCGACGGAAUGCGAAGGCUUUGGGCUAAGCGAGAGAAGGGGAAGUGGCUGGGUAGUGAGCCUGAUGGAAACAAAUUGCUUCGUGAUUUAAAGGCCUUAGGACAGCAGUCCACAAAAGCAGAUAUCACGCACGUUCAUGGAAAGCACAAGAAAAGCAAUGAGAAACCUACGAUACGUGCGGAUGUCCUGCAUAGAGAACGGACACUGCCAGCCCAGCAACCUACUAGCAGCAGACCCAGCUUAGAUGGACAACUGCAACAUCGAAGUGCCUCUAAAACAAGACCAUCCAACGACGGCAUCGUUGCAAGAAAGAUCAAAGAGAUGGAAAACUUGUCCAGAAUCAAGCUCUUGAAGGGCAACAAACAGCCGCCGACCGUAGAGGAGCUCCAACAGAUCGCCGCUGAUAUUAGGAGGGGUGUUUACUAGGAAAUUCGUUUAGUCCUAAGAUGGAUAGAGCCAGGUGCUCGGAAAUGUAGUAUAAUUCAUUGUCUUCGUGUCAUUUCUACGUCUAACAUCUAUGCUCUGGUCAUGUCCAAUGAAGUGCUGGGCGUUCGGUGUGCUGUGUUGUCUAGGCCUUUCCAUCCGAGAACUGAACGACAGCCCACUUGCCACUCCAUGC